AUGACUUCCCUACCUCUCGAGCUCAUCUUCCAGAUCCUUACUUUGUCUAUGUCAAACUAUCAGCCAGUCGACCUCGAGGUGCUUGUUUCCGGUGACAAAGGAACUAUCAAAUUCGUCGACUAUCUCAUGCUCGUCGGAGCUGAAGCGCAGAAAGAACACCAGCACGAUUGGGUCAUCGCAAACUCCGUAUGCCAUGCAUGGCGACAUGUCGGAAAAAAAGCCUUCUUCACGCAAAAGACCUUUCUAAUCGGGCCGAAUUUCAUGAAACGGCUCCAUACAGGUAGGGUCAAGACAUUAAGCGCUGAGAAUCGUGUUCUGCUCUUCAGCCAUCUUCGUCAAUUGAUCGUGCCCAUAGCUGGUACUCUGACAUGUGAGUGGACCGCAAAACGGACUCAAUGGCAUAACCUACCCCACUUCCAUGCUCUCGCCGGAUUACAGAGCUUCCACCUCCUACUGCUAAAAGGCUCCCAAAGAUAUCAAGCCGCAGACCUGCCAGACGCCUGCGAGGCGCUGCUACCCGACUUCUUCCUCUGUUUCUUGAGGUGCUUACACCUUGAUGUCGAGAGGCUUAAUCCUAUGUUGUUAGUAGCCACAACGGAACUCAGAACUGUCAACAUCAAAGGCUGGAACUUAGACUGCUUAGCAAGGCAGGAAUCUGGUUAUGUAAAGGCAUUACCGAAAUUGGUGUUCAAUUACGGCCCUUUGAAGGAAUACAUCAUUUCUCGUUUCCGGGAGGAAGGGCUGGAUACAAGUCUCGUGGAAUAA